UAAACAUAUCCAUCCCUAGUAGCUUUUAUUCAACUUGUCAAGCUGGCGUCCUAAAAUCACUGUUUAAAUAAAAUUUGCUUCGGGAAGGAAUCAUGAGUGCUGUGUUCAACUUCCAGAGCCUGCUGGUGGUCAUCCUGCUGAUGAUCUGCACAUGUACCUACAUCCGCUCCAUUUUUCCCAACUUUAUAGGUCGCCACAGGAUCGGGUGGAAGGGGAUAUUUUGGAAGAUGGCCAGGAUUGGGGAGCGCUUAUCGCCUAUAGUGUCUGCCAGCUGCAUCAUCAUGGCCUUUUACAUUAUCUUCGUAUAAAUUGUUUUCCUUCUAGUUGAGCUGUGCCGCCUCCGACUCCUUUGAACUGCAUGAAUUGUAAAUAUUAUAAAAGGCUAGACAAUUUUGAUUGCAAUUAGGGAAAUUAUAAAACAUUAUAAAGUUCAAUUUAAGUAGAUAGUACAUGUUUUAUCCAUAUUUUAAAAAAUUAAAAAAUGCGUAUGAAAAUUUCUUUUAACUCGAAA